GCACGCUUUCAACUGUAUAAACUAAAAAAAACGAGUCGAUGAUCAUAAAUAACAAUUAUCUAUUUCUUACUUCUCUCCUCUCUAUUUUCACACAAUCAUCACAACCGACACCGUGACUUCUCCUCCGAGCAAUCGCCGUCCGUCGAUUCAUCUCACUGUGUUAAUGAAGUAAUUUGUGAUUAGAAAUAGAUAGAGUGAAGGGUAGCUUGAUUGAUUGUUGAGGAGGUUGGAUUGGGGAAACGAAUCGGAUAAUGUGUAUACUUUGCGUAAUUCAGAAGUGGUCGAGACGAAUUGCUACCAUGCUUCCGUGGUUAGUGAUUCCGCUUAUUGGACUAUGGGCUUUGUCUCAGUUGUUGCCUCCUGCUUUUCGGUUUGAGAUUACGUCUCCCAGGUUGGCGUGUGUGUUUGUGCUGUUGGUUACGCUUUUUUGGUAUGAGAUUUUGAUGCCUAAGUUGUCGGCGUGGCGGGUGAGGAGAAAUGCUAGGUUGAGGGAGAGGAAGAGGUUUGAAGCUAUUGAGUUGCAGAAGCUUAAGAAGACGGCAACGAGAAGGUGUAGGAACUGUUUGACACCGUAUCGGGAACAGAAUCCGGCAGGAGGGAAGUUUAUGUGUUCGUACUGUGGGCAUAUUUCGAAGAGACCCGUGUUGGACUUGUCGAUACCGCAUGGGUUGGGGGUUCCGAAUCCUGGAAUUUUGAAGGAUUUGGGAGUAAAGAAUGGGAAGGUUUGGGUGGAUAAUGGUGGUUUGAUGUGUGGUCAAGAUUGGUUAGAUAAUGGUUAUUGGGUUGGUGGAUCUUUUCCACAAAAGGCUUCGUAUUGGCGGAAGCAUGGAGGUGUAUUUUUUGGACGAGAUGACCAUUGUUUAGCAGAGAAAUCUUAUUCUCAUGUUCUGAUAUUUGCGGGAAGAGCACUAACAGCUACUAUGUUGAGUAUCAUGUGGGUUUGGAGAAAGAUAUUUAGAGUUGGUUCAUCUGGAGGUGAUGCAUCACUUGACGCGGAACGUAAGAGGAUGGGUAAGAGAGGUGAAAAUGGUGCAAAUUUUCAGGAGGACAGAGGAGAAAAAGCUCGUAAAAAAGCUGAAGAGAAGCGACAAGCUAAGUUAGUGAAGGAACAAUCGGAGGAAGAAGAUAGGAAGCAAAGAGAGGAAGUUCUAAGGCUGGUAGAUGAACGCAGGAGAUCAAGGGACGAAAGGAUGGAUGUUGAUAAAGAUCGUGGGAAAGGACCGACUCCUGCAAAGGAUAAUGAUAAUAAAAAAGAAGCGGAAAAGAAGCGGCAGUUAAAGAAAAAGGAAAGAGAUAGGGGAUCGAGUAAAAGCAACUCAGAUGUUGAGGAAUUGGAAAAAAGAGCGGACAAGGAAAGUGAACGAAAUGGAAAGAGUGAGAGCGGUCGUCGGGAUCAUCACAGACAUGGAAUUGAAACUGCGAAGUCUUAUAACAACAGUACAAUUAAGGGUGCCCCAACAAACAAUAGCAGCCAUGGGGCUGCUGGAACAAAAUACUUCGACCGUGUCAAGGGAAAUAUUAUGUCUUCUUCAAGAGCAUUUACUGGCCAUGUGAAGGGUGCUAUGAAUUCUGUAGCUGUCGGAAGAGAACACCGAUAUAAUGGUCCUGUUAAUCAUUACCAAACUCCUGUAACCAAAAGAGAAAUGUCCCAACCGGACCGUGUAUCAGGGAAACCAUAUUUCACUGGCGAUGAUAAGAACACUAAUCUUCCGGUGCAUGUUAAAGCACAACCUUGUGAAGCUCCAAAAAAAACGUGGCGACAGUUAUUCACUCGUUCAUCAACUGUUUGUCCUUCUGAUUCAGCAGUCACAGAUAGACCAAAUGGGAAGUCAUUAGAAGUCACUAGUCCUUCACUCACAGGUCGUCCGGUAACAACACAACCAUACGACAACCCCAUUAAUUUUGGGUUGCCAUCUCCAUUUCCAAUAAUUACUAAUCCCUGCGAACCCAUGAGUAGUAAAGGUAUUCAGAUGUCAUCUGAAUCUAAGUUUCCUUUGAAUGGAGAAGCUCUUCCUGAAUGUUUACUAGAAGAUCCAGAUAUCUUUGAAGACCCAUGUUAUGUUCCUGAUCCUGUAUCUCUGCUGGGGCCGGUUUCAGAGUCACUUGACAAUUUUCAGUUAAACCUGGGCUUUGCAACAGAGAUGGGAUCUGAAAAGCCUUGCACUAUACAAAGUAUACCCAUUUCUUCUGAAGUUGUUAGGCCAUCACCAAUUGAAGCUCCGGCAUCUCGUUCAAGAGUACAAGAUGAAAGACAUGCUAGCUCUUUUCUUUUACAAGGUACCCCUAAAGCUAAGGAUGUGCACAGUACAUUAGCAAAUGGGGUGUCUAGUGGAAAUGAGAAUGGAACAUGGCAGAUGUGGAAUACUUCUCCUCUUGGUCCCGAUGGGCUGGGUUUAUCAGGUGGUCCAGCAAGUUGGCUUUUGUCACCAGAUCUUAACAGACCAAAUAAGGAAGAAAUUGCAACUCCCUUGCAUCAGAAAAAUAUGGCUUCACUUUUUAUGAGAGAUGAGCAUAUUCCUUCUGGUACUGUUUCUCCUCAAAAGGUUUCUUUUGGCAGCUAUCAAAAUGGAGAGACAUAUGGUAUCCCAAUGUCUGGUGGUUCUAAUGAUCCAUGGUUACCAAAUGCUUUGUUUGGACCAUUGGAUAGUCAAGACCAUUUUGCUAUAAAACCAAGUGAAAGGAUUGGUCAAGAUGAGCUGACUAGUGGGAGCCCAAAGUCUGCAGCUAAUCAUCCAUUUGAGCUGUCUUCAGCUGAUCGUUGGCCCAAAGUGGAUUGGACUGUGCAUGGAACUGGUGAAAGCACAAGCAACUCACCAAUUAGGAGGCCUCCAGUUGGUGUUGUAUACUCUAGCCUGGAUGUACAGUCAAUUUGGUAAUAUGAUCUAAUAGAAAAUCUUAAAAACAAGGGAAGGGCACUAACUUAUCCAUAAAAACAAAGUGAGGGACUGAGGGGACUUACUGUUCUGAAGAGGGGAAAUAUCAUUUUCUCUUUUGUAUGAGUUUUAGAAUACUGGACCCAAUGUAUCAGUCUUCUUCAUCAUCAGGGAGUUUUACUUGCAAUAGCAUUUAGGACUUACAAGUGGAGCGUAUGUGUUCGUAAGCAUCAGGUGAAAUGUCAAGUUCUUUUGGUAUAUUA